CGUCUAUAUACCAACUAUUAAAGAUAACAACACAACUGUUACGGUUUUAAAUUCGCCCAUUUCCGCGAAAUAAAGAAGGAAGUAAGGCCGGCGACAGGAAAUUUCAAACAGGUAAAAAAGGAAAAAUAUGGCACAGCUUCCAGGUCAGUAUCCGCCUGCAGGUGACCAGCCACCUCCUUAUCAACCGGGACAACCACCACCACCGCCUCCCCAAGGUGGAUAUGCGCCACAUCCACAUGCUGGCUAUCCACCACAUCCUCAUGCUGGCUAUGCACCCCAUCCAGGGUAUGGUCCACCACCACCACAGCAACAGCAGCAGCAACAGUCUGUUGUUGUCAUUAAUCAGAAUCGUCCAGAAGUUGUAACUGUAAAGGAAGACAAAGGAUGUAUGCCUGAUACUACUGACUGGAAAUGGUGGAAUUGGCUGUUAGCUGUUUUAGCCGUCAUAUUGUUAGGACCAAUCGUAUUGGCUAUUGCUAUUGUUUGCUGUUGUCUAAUGGCAAUGGGGGACGAUAACAGAUAACCUGAAUGUCUAUACAGUAUAUAACAGAAAGCAGUUGUGAUAUAUUCAUUGUUAACUUUGCAAGAACUAAUGCUGACUUUACUUCCGUCCUGUCUUACAUGUGCUGUGAUACUGUUAUGGAUUAUUUAGAUUUUCCGUCCUUUAUAUUUAUUUUAUAAAUAUGGUUUACUUGUUA